AAUUUUUAACCUGAUUGGCUCGGCUGUCGGAGGGUUGGAAUGGUUGGUCUGUUUCAAGGUUCGUUUUCCUCUGCAAGCACUUGGGCGCCUCGCCUCCCAGAGCGGGUCCCUUGAAACAGUGUAAUUGAGAUGGUGUUAGUUGCACAAAGAAAAAGUCAGACAGUCGUUUAACGGGGGCGCAACGAGUGAGUUGAGUUCGCAAAAGCAGCGCUGUUAAUCUGCGUGGUUCUUUACAGUUAAGUUUUAUUUCCAUCUUCCCCUCCCCCUUUACGAAUUUCUUCUGCAAAACUACCAAAUGUUGCAGCAUUAAUUGAGUUGCUUUUUGCCAGAGAUAACAAGACUUUCAAAUCUUUUCGAGGAUGCAUUUCAACGUGUUGCUGUGCGGACUGAUUACUCUUCUGCUGCUUCCUUCAAAGUUCCUGAGAGCCCACGGCCAGUUUCAGGGAGAAAGAGGAAUCUCCAUCCCGGACCACGGUUUCUGCCAACCCAUCUCCAUUCCGCUGUGUACAGACAUUGCCUACAACCAGACUAUCAUGCCCAAUUUACUGGGGCAUACCAACCAAGAGGACGCCGGGCUGGAAGUCCACCAGUUUUACCCGCUGGUGAAAGUACAGUGUUCUCCCGAGCUGAAAUUCUUCUUGUGUUCCAUGUAUGCUCCCGUCUGUACCGUACUGGAACAGGCGAUCCCUCCGUGCCGGUCUAUCUGUGAGCGGGCGAGGCAAGGGUGUGAGGCUCUAAUGAACAAGUUCGGUUUCCAGUGGCCUGAGAGGUUGCGUUGCGAGAACUUCCCCGUGCACGGAACCGAUCAACUAUGCGUUGGCCAGAACCGCUCCGAGGAAGGCAGCCCCACUACUAUCCCCACCGUCGUCGACAACGACCUUGGCACCCCGAACCCGCCCCGCUACAACCGCGACCAGCCCUUCAACUGUCCCCGAGCCCUCAAAGUCCCCUCGUAUCUUAGCUACAAGUUCCUGGGCGAGAAGGAUUGCGCGGCGCCCUGCGAGCCCUCCAAGAGCAACGGCUACAUGUUCUUUAACGACGAAGAGAUCAAAUUCGCCCGCAUUUGGAUCCUGAUCUGGUCGUCACUCUGCUGCGCCUCCACUUUAUUCACCGUGACUACCUACUUGGUGGACAUGCAGCGAUUCCGCUACCCGGAGCGGCCCAUCAUCUUCCUGUCUGGCUGCUAUACCAUGGUUUCCAUCGCCUACAUCGCGGGCUUCAUACUGGAAGAUAAAGUUGUGUGCAACGAGAGGUUCGCCGAGGACACUUACAAGACCGUGGUGCAAGGGACUAAGAAGGAAGGCUGCACCAUCCUCUUCAUGAUGCUCUACUUCUUCAGCAUGGCUAGUUCCAUCUGGUGGGUCAUCUUGUCUCUUACUUGGUUUCUGGCGGCCGGUAUGAAGUGGGGUCACGAAGCAAUCGAGGCAAACUCUCAGUACUUUCACCUGGCCGCCUGGGCGGUGCCGGCCGUCAAGACCAUCACCAUCCUGGCAAUGGGCCAGAUCGACGGCGACCUCUUGAGCGGAGUGUGCUUCGUGGGCCUGAACAGCAUCGACCCGCUGCGGGGUUUCGUGCUGGCGCCGCUCUUUGUCUAUCUCUUCAUCGGCACCUCUUUCCUGCUGGCCGGCUUCGUCUCCCUCUUCCGAAUCCGGACCAUCAUGAAACACGACGGCACCAAGACGGAGAAGCUGGAGAAACUGAUGGUGAGAAUCGGGGUGUUCAGCGUUCUCUACACCGUACCCGCCACCAUUGUGAUUGCAUGUUAUUUCUACGAGCAGGCGUUCAGGGAGCAAUGGGAAAAAAGUUGGAUCAGCCAAACUUGCAAAAGCUACGCCAUCCCCUGCCCUAUUCACUACUACCCCAGGAUGACUCCAGAUUUCACUGUGUACAUGAUCAAGUAUCUCAUGACCCUUAUCGUGGGUAUCACUUCUGGCUUUUGGAUCUGGUCAGGCAAGACUUUACAUUCCUGGCGCAAGUUUUACACCAGACUCACCAACAGCAAACACGGGGAGACAACCGUGUGAGGGGGACAGAAGGAAACACGGGACUGUGUUUUUAUUAUUUUUUUGUUAAUUGGUUUUACUUAACGUUUGCAUUAGGAUAACUUCCCAAGAUGUAAUAAAAACUGUAAAUAGCAUUUGUAAAAAAUUCUUAAUUAUAUAUUUGUAUUUAAAAAUU